UUAGCGUCCAGCAGUUGGAUUCAAACAGAGUGCGAGUGAACGAAGGUUAUCUUCUGUAUGAUACUAUGAGAGGUCGGUGCAGUCGCCAGACGGUCUAACAGCGAGUUUAGCGGCGGGUGCAAGGCGGGUGCAUUGUCUACGCACAAGCGUUGGUGUGUGGUGCAGGGUUCGAGACAUUCCACGUCGACGCACCGAGUGUGGAAACAUUCCCGUUCUCAGCCUCAGGACUAAAGAGACAGUUGCAAAAUGGAGCUGAAUAGUUUGGUGAACUGGAUCCUGCCUGUUGUCCUGGCUGUGGUGAUUCUGUUACUACUGUAUAUGUACGGCACGUGGACGUACACAAAAUGGCACAAGUAUAAUAUUCCAGGACCAGCACCUGUCCCCUUUUUGGGAAACAUGAUUGAUAUUUGGAAGAAAGGCUUAUUCAAUGCUUCGCUUGACUGGAGGAGCAAGUAUGGCAAAACAUUCGGCGUCUACUUCAUGCGUGACGCCAUGCUGCUCACAAACGACAUUGACAUUCUAAAGGAGGUCUUCGUCAAAGAUUUCUCUAAUUUCUCAGAUCGGUCACAGAUUCCAAGGCGUCCUCUAAACUACCCGAUUAACCACAGUCUGCCGUUUGAAAACGGAGACAACUGGCGGCGAAUGCGUCACACCAUGACACCAACAUUCAGCACCAGCAAGCUGAAACUUAUGGGUCCCUACAUCAACCGGUGCUGUGACAACCUCUCCAGCGCCUUGCAAAGACUCUCAGAGAAACGGGAACUUGCGGAUGUGAAAAGAAUAUUCGGAGCCUACACCAUGGACGUGAUUGCUGGAACAGGCUUUGGCCUUAAAACUGACUCCUUGCUCGACGAAAAUAAUCUUUUCUUAAAAGCUCUGACAAACAUGUUCCAAAACACUAGUAGUAUGAGCUGGCGUUCUGUACUUCUGUCACUGUUUCCGUUCCUCCGCCGGAUUUCCAACUUCUCCAGAUUAGUGAAACUCCUUCCGAGUCGUUAUUCACUGUCUACCGAAUGAUUGACCAGCUCAUUGAAGACAGGAAGAAGAACGGCGCCAACGAGCGAGUAGAUUUAUUGCAGCUGCUACUGGAAGCGGAGGCAUCGGAAGCCGACAUUGCAGCCAAACCCAGGACAGACAGCUGACGCGAGUCGAAAUCAUCGCACAAGGUAUGGUCAUCUUUAUCGCCGGCUACGAAACGA